GGUUCAGAUCAACCGAAGCAACCGACCUGGGACAGUGCGCUCGUUCAGGAGAAAAAUAAAAGGCAUUUUGAAACACGCUGACGGACAGAAACAGCAUCAAGGAAUGGCCUCUGCUGACACCUCCUGGCCUGAAGAGAACUUUUCCUGUUCCAUCUGUCUGGAUGUGUUCAGCAGCCCAGUUUCCACACCAUGUGGACACAACUUUUGCAGAACCUGUAUUACUAAGUUCUGGGAUGAACAAGUCAAGUACAAAUGUCCCGUUUGCAACGAGCUUUUCAACACAAGACCUGAUUUACGGGUCAAUAUCCUAAUUUCAGAGAUGGUUGAUCGGUUUGGAACGUCCCUACGAGUAAAAGAGCAGCCUUGUGUUGAACCAGCAGAAGUUCCCUGUGACGUCUGUACUGGGUCCCAGCUGAAGGCCGUGAAGUCCUGCCUAGUGUGUCUUAUCUCUUACUGCCAAACCCACCUGGAGCCACACCAUAGAGUUGCAGGCCUGAAGAAACAUCGGCUGGUCGAGCCUAUGGACCGUCUGGACGACAGGAUGUGUAAGAAACACGACCGACUUCUGGAGCUCUUCUGCCAGACUGAACAGGUGUGUGUGUGUCAGUUCUGCACAGAGACGGACCACAAGUCACAUCCUGUUAUACCUCUAAAGGAGGAAUAUGAAGUGAAGACGGCCCAGCUGGGGAAAAUAGAGGCUGAAGUUAAGCAGUUGAUCCAGGAGAGACAAAAAAAUAUUCAGGAGAUUAAAGACACAGUUGAACGCAGCAAAGCAGACGCAGACAGAGAGAUAGCUGAUGGUGUGCAGGUCCUCACUGCUCUGAUGCGCCGCAUUGAAAAGUGCCAGGAUGAUCUCAACCAAACGGUUAAAGAGAAACUGAAAUCCACAGAGAAACAAGCUGAAGACCUCAUCAAAGAGCUGGAACAGGAAAUAGAAGAUCUGACCAAUAGAAGCUCAGAGGUGAAGCAGCUCUCGCACACUAAAGACCACCUCCACUUCCUCCAGACCUUCAGAUCCCUGAAGGAUCCUCCACCCACCAGGGACUGGACCACGGUGGAGGUCCGUCCUCCGUCAUACGUAGGGACCUUGAGGAGAUCCCUGGAUCAGCUGGAGGAGACACUGAACAUGGAGAUGAAGAAGCUGCGUGAUGCUGAACUGAAGAGGGUCCAGCAGUAUGAAGUAGAUGUGACUCUGGAUCCUGAUACAGCUCAUCCCGAGCUCAUCCUGUCUGAGGAUGGGAAACAAGUACAUGAUGGAGGUGUAAGGAAGAGACUCCCAGACAACCCUAAGAUAUUUACAAGGUAUACAUCUGUUCUCACGAGGCAGAGCUUCUCCUCAGGGAGAUUUUACUUUGAGGUCCAGGUUAAAGACAAGACUGGAUGGUUUGUAGGAGUGGUCAGAGAGUCCAUCGACAGAAAAGGUCGGACAGAGCGGACCCCUGAGAAUGGUUACUGGACUCUUCUCUACAACAAGGAUGGGUUGGUAUUUAGAGAUAACCCUAAUGUCCGUCUCCCUCUGAGAGCUGGGCUCCAGAAGGUGGGGGUGUUUGUUGAUUAUGAUGAGGGUCUGGUCUCCUUCUAUGAUGUGGAAGCCAGGGUUCAUCUCUACUCUGCUACUGGCUGCACCUUCAGUGAGCCUCUCUAUCCACUCCUCAGCCCAGGUUUCAGUGAUUAUGAAGGUAACAACUCUGCCCCCCUCAUCAUCUCACCUGUCAAUCAAACAGACUAGGACCUUUGUUUGGUGAUAAAAUAAUCAAACAACCAAAACAACUAAUGUUGUUUCCUGAAUUAGAAUCUCUACUAUGUGAGGUCUCAGAGUACUGUAUUCUUAUCUUGCUUUUCACUGUCAUCUAAGGAGUAAUUCAUUAAGCCACUAACACUGUGCUAUAUAACCCAUUAUAACCUAUAAGGCCACACUAUAAUGUUCAAUGUCUUUUAUCUUAAUGUUUUUUUAUAUUUUUAAUUAAUGAAAAAAGAAAUGUAUUAGAUAAGGUGAAACAUUGAUUUUGAUAACAUUAUCAUUAGUUGAUUUGACCAAAUAGUAAUAUUCGUUUAUUAUUUUUUGAAUCAUUAGAUUAGAUUAGAUUAGGCUUUAUUGAUCCUUUUGGGAUGACUCCCUCAAGGAAAUUGAUUGUCCAGUAGCUUACAGAAAGAAACACAAUAUUAAAUUAUAUACCAUAUAAGAUAAACAAUAAACUCAUGUAUCAUGUUUGACAACACAAUACAAUGUCUGUAAACUUUUGAGAUUUGAAUAAAAAUGUACUAAAAGUAG